CGCGCGUUUUCAGCCUCCUCUUCUGCUGGCAGGUGGUACCCAGGCAGAAUUCUACGUUCAGCCUCUCUCGCUCGGCUCCCGGCCGCGAGGCACUCGCCGCUGCCGCUCUUUAGCUCCGCUUUAGCUCCUCUGCUCCAGCCCCAGCCUCGCUGAGCGACCGUGCCUGCCCCUCCUCGCACCCCGGGAGUGGCCGGCCCCGCUCGCGCGCCCUGCGCGGGUCUGCGGGGUGCGCGUCUCCUAGAGUUGUGGUGGUGGCAAAGAAGGAAGAAAAAAAAAAAGGCAGGGGAAGGGCGAACAGAGCGAGCGCAAGAAGAAAAGAAGGAGGCAGAAAAAGGCAACUUCAGAGGGAAAGUUGGUGCGAACUGGCGCAGUCUGCAAAAACGGAAAAGUCGAUCGCAGGCAGUGGCAUAAAAGUGUGAGCGGCCCAGGCUAGCGCAAGAGGCGGAGAGGCAGCGGCUGGCUUGCCCUCCUAGUGUCGGGUGGGCACCCGGAGCAUCGGCAGCCACAGGUGCGAAGGAGCUUGAAAGAGGCGAGAGGGUGCACUGCGCACCCCUCCCCCAACCCCCACCCUCAGCUCGGGACUUCAGCUCAAGUCACUAGGCGUCCGAGCUCCCUCCCCAGCCGCAGCCUCGGCGGGGGGAGCAGGAGCAGCCUAGGAGCGGCCGGCGCACGCCUGCCCAGGGGAGUUGGGGUUCGCAGGGGAUUGUUUUCGGCUCUGAAGAGGUCCCCGCCCAACCUUCAAAAUUUUGUCCAAAAGCAGACAAGAGGAUCGCCCAGCGCUGAGCCGGCUGGUGGGCAGCAGGAGGCGCCUGAUCGCCGCCGGGGCGCUGGGGGUGGUGAUGGUGCUGCUGCUGGUCAUCCUCAUCCCGGUGCUGGUGAGCUCGGCCGGCACGUCGGCGCACUACGAGAUGCUGGGCACCUGCCGCAUGGUCUGCGACCCCUACGGGGGCACCAAGGCUCCCAGCACCGCUGCCACGCCCGACCGCGGCCUCAUGCAGUCCCUGCCCACUUUCAUCCAGGGCCCCAAAGGUGAGGCCGGCAGGCCCGGGAAGGCCGGCCCGCGUGGGCCCCCUGGUGAACCUGGGCCACCGGGCCCCGUGGGCCCGCCGGGCGAGAAGGGCGAGCCGGGCCGCCAAGGCCUGCCGGGCCCGCCGGGAGCGCCCGGCCUGAACGCGGCCGGAGCCAUCAGCGCUGCCACCUACAGCACGGUGCCCAAGAUCGCCUUCUACGCUGGCCUCAAGCGGCAGCACGAAGGCUACGAGGUGCUCAAGUUCGACGACGUCGUCACCAACCUCGGUAACCACUACGACCCCACCACGGGCAAGUUCACCUGCUCUAUCCCGGGCAUCUACUUCUUCACCUACCACGUCCUGAUGCGCGGUGGGGACGGCACCAGCAUGUGGGCUGAUCUCUGCAAAAACAACCAGGUGCGCGCUAGCGCCAUCGCCCAGGAUGCUGAUCAGAAUUAUGACUAUGCCAGUAACAGCGUGGUCCUUCACUUGGAGCCAGGGGACGAAGUCUACAUCAAGUUAGAUGGUGGGAAAGCCCACGGAGGAAACAACAACAAAUACAGCACAUUCUCUGGAUUUAUCAUUUACGCGGACUGAUCACGCAGAAACUAAGCUUAUUAUUCUGAGUUUGGACACUGGAUUCGUAUGGCUAACAUCAGUGAAUCAAGGAUCCCAGGGGAAUGCCAGUUGUGGGCACCUCGGUUGUGUAUAUGUGAGGAAUUCAAAUGCUACCUGACUCACAUCUGUAUUCUCAGAAACAUUAUGUAAAAAAAAUAUAUAUAUAUAUAUUAAAAACAAGAUAAGCAGAUGUGUGAUCCACUACCACCAAAGCAAAUACUCCUUGUUGUUAGUGUCCAUGUGAAUGAAGUCCUAUAUAGAUCACAAAUUUUUAUAGAAAAAUCUAAGACACUGAAUUAUUUCUUCAAUAUAUAUGAUACUUUGGUGUACCGUGAUCCAGCUGCUCGUAUCCAUGUCAGCUUUGGUUCUUGUGAGUGUACCUGCUUAUUAUGAUACUCGGAGUCCGUUCAUAGUGUGGGGAGGAAUGAGUUUACCCUGCAGGAGAAGGUCUAAUCGAAAUAAUGCUGCUUGUCCCCAAAGAAAUUGUUUGCCUUGUACUCUUGUGAACUUUAGAAGCUAGACUGGGAAUGAUUCAACUUCAAGCCUUAACCUGGAAUUUUCUGGAUUUGAGGGAAUUCCCAAGCCUAUGGUUAUUUUCCCAUUUUCUUUUUCUUAUGAACUUCCUUUUCUCUCUUUACUGGUGAUAGUCUUUUAAAAUAGCGAUUGACACUGUAUCAUAGGGUUACUCUGUAAGUGUGAAUACGUGUAAUAUGUAUGGUAUUUAGAAAAUCCCCUAUGUGUCCAUCUUGUCAAUAGAAUGUGUUUAGAUUUACUUGGAAAGUCAGAGAAAUUUAUUCUUUGGUGUUAAAUCAGACAGAGGCUUUUGUCUUCUUUGGAACAAAAGAGUAUUCAUAGCCCAAGCACAAAGGUUUAAUUUAACCUACUGCAUGUAUCACCAAGGGGACGCUAAGUAAGGCCUUCGAAUAGUUACUCACUGUAAGUCGUGGCCUGGGGUUAUUUCAAAAUGAACAAAUUUCACAUAUAACCAG